AUGCCAGUCAAUGUUCCUAUCGACGACCCCAAUGCCGACACCGAAUGGAAUGACAUUCUUCGCAAGCACAAGAUCAUCCCCGAAAAGCCCCCAUCGCCCACUCCUAUGAUUGAAGAAGCCUUGACCGAAGCCCGUAGACUUGCCCACGAGAACCGCUUGGAAGGCAAGGAGCUCGACGAAUUAGCUGAGCUUGAAGAUGAUGAAGACGAAGACUUCCUCGAGUUCUACCGUCAAAAGCGCAUGAACGAACUCGCUGCUAUCCAAGCCGCCUCGGUCUACAACCAGGUUUACCCUGUGCAAAAGCCUGACUGGUCGCGCGAUGUCACCGAAGAAUCAAAGAAAGCCUACGUCUUGGUACUCCUCACCUCGUCAUCUGGUACCAACAUCGAAUCCCGCCUGUUGAUCGAGAUCUGGCGCGAGUUAGCUACAAAGUUUGGCGACAUCAAGUUCUGUCAGAUUCAGGCGAAUCUCUGUAUCGAAGGCUACCCGGACAGAAACACUCCGACCGUUUUGGUCUACAAAGAUGGCGACAUCAAGCGCCAACUAGUCACUUUGCGUGAUCUGAAGGGCGAGCAUACAACUGUUCGCGACCUCGAAGAUCUGCUUCGGUCUCUCGGCGCCGUUGACCCCAACGACUCGAGAUUGCAGCCUCGUCAACACGAUGAUGAGGUGCAAUCCACUCUUCGUAGCGGCGGACAGGGCGCCGGUCUGGGUAAUGAUGAUAGUGACAGCGAUUGGGACUAA